GAGCUAUAAAGGUUAGAGGUUAGAGAGCUCUGCUAUCACUCAGGGGAAGAUAGAAAAUCGGAAAGCUCACUUGCCAGCCGCUCAGCCUCCUGACAGCAAAAUUGAAAUAGCUGGCACCAAUAUCAAGUGAGACUGGACAGCUGCCUUACCUGUGCUCCCGGACUAGAGCGCACACACAGCAAAAGGCCAAAGACUCUCCUGCAAGUUGAAGGAGACGGAGGCGGGGGGGCUGGCAGUGGGGAAAGAAUAACAAAGCAGAGCAGAGUGGAGUGAAGUCCAGCCUUUGGAGAGCUGUGAUGGAGAACCUGCCUGUGUACCACGGACCCAUCGGCAAGGCGGAGGGAGAGAGGCGGCUGACCCAGGACGGCCGGGACGGCUGCUAUCUGGUCCGCAACAGCGACAGCGUGCCCGGCGUCUACUGCCUGUGUGUGCUGUGCAAAGGAUAUGUGUACACCUACAGACUCCACCUGGACAGCGGAGGCUCUUGGGCAGCAGAAACCGUUCCUGGUGUGCAGAAACGAUAUUUCCGGAAAAUCAAGAACUUGAUAGCAGCCUUCCAGCAGCCUGACCAAGGAAUUGCUAUGCCUCUGCUCUACCCUGUCACUGCUCAGAGCCGGGCGCAAGCACACACAGAGGCACAGACACCCUGUAAUAGCCUGUCACCAACACAGAGCAGCCCCAACCCUUACCUCCAACAGCAACAGCAGCAGCAGCAAAAGCCAGCCGCUCAGGGACAGAAAAACAGGAACAAGAAAGAGAUGCGGCACGCUCCUGGUUAGAAACAAGCUUUAGGCUCGAAUGUUACAAAACCAGUUUCCAAUCUGUAGUCUGGGCAAAUUACUGUCUAUGUAAAAUACUGUGAAACGGGAGUGAUGCGAAGAUAUUGUCAUUUGCAUAAUCUAUUUCAUUUUGCAUGCUGUGUGUGCUUAAAGUAAAUGAUUAAUUCUUCUAUUUUUUUGGGUACUUUAUGGAAACAGUCUAAUUAAUUACAUCCUGUUUGUUAAAUUCUGUACAGUCAUUUAGGUUCUAGCACUGAUUCAGUAUAAUUUCCCCCACUUUUUUUUUAUAUAUAUAUAUGCAGCAGAUAAAAUACCCCAUAACCUUUGAGAGUGUGUAAAAUAUUCAGCUGCAGAAACAUUAAUAUCCAUUACUGCAUACAUAAGUUGACAACAAAUAUUGUGCUCUGGUUUCGUAAUACAAUUCAGCUAUGUGAAUGGCAAAGAAAAUAAAUGAUAUUGGUUGAAAUAAACUCUUUAAAUGAGGUCACACAUACACAGCCAUACACACCAGCCUCU